AUGGGACAACUCCUGUCACAUCCAUUGACGGAAAAGACGAUUAUCUACAAUGAAUACGAGAACUUUCCAAACGAACUACAAAAACACCGCCUAGUGCAUCGUUCCAGACCGAAUUUGAGCCACGAGAAGGGAAGCCAUCCGCAGUUUUUCAACUGUGUUGGGUCGAUGCAGGGAUACCGGCUGACACAGGAAGAUGCACAUCUAGUGGCCAAUUGUGAAAGCGUUUUGAGCGUUGGAUUCUACAAUCCAUUCGAAGACAUUGAAGAAAAGCUGCAAAUUUCAAUUUUCGGAGUUUUUGACGGACAUGGUGGUGGUGAAUGCUCGGAAUUUGUAAGCUCCGAAGAGGACAGGGAAGAAGGCAUCAGAAAGUGGAUUAAAUUUGCAUUUGAAACGCACGAAUAUGGAGCACGUAACGUCACGCCCAAAUCAGACAGAAAGUUCACACGCUCGUUCCAUACUAGCGAGGGCCUCAUUUCCCAAAUCCUCAAAGAUGCCUUUUUGUUGCAAGAUCGUGAGCUAUAUUGUCAUUUUGCCAAGGAAUCUUGCGGUACAACGGCCAUCGUUGCCUUACUUAUCAACGGGGAGAUGCUUUAUGUUGCCAAUACGGGUGAUUCGCGAUGCGUGCUUUCAACCAAAGGUGGAGGUGUCAAGAAUUUCUCUUUCGACCACAAGCCGCAGCACAUCGGAGAAUUAGUUAGAAUAAACGACGACGGUGGCACUGUAUCUCUGGGUAGAGUUGGCGGGGUGCUUGCACUCAGCCGGGCUUUUGGCGACUUUCAGUUCAAGACAAGUGUGUCGUAUAAGAAUAAUGCUUUUGGGUUAUCUGGUGGUCAGAAGUACGUGGCACCAGCUCAAGAAUCACAGGUCACUGCAGAACCAGACGUUUUGCCCCAUCGUAUAAGCUACGACCGCGAUGAGUUCCUAAUUUUGGCGUGUGAUGGUAUUUGGGACCUUUACAGUAACAAGAAUCUCACUCAAUUCAUUAAGUAUCAUCUGGCACUUGGACAAAAGCUCGAUGACAUCGUUACCAAACUGCUGGAUCACGGUAUAAACUCUGCAGACAGCAACACCGGCGUGGGAUUCGAUAACAUGACCAUUAUAAUCGUUGUUCUCAAUCGACCGGGAGAAUCGCUCGCCGAGUGGUACAACAAAAUGAAAACCCGCUUGGAACGGGAGAAGGGUUUAAUUGCAUGA